GAAGAGCGAGCGAGAGAGGCUUAGCGGGGUUAGGCAACCUUUUUUGAAUUUCACCCUUUGCUUUAAAAAAAAAAACCUUGAGACUUGAUCAGUCAGUAUUCUGGAAUAGAUCAAUUAUGCAUGUCAUUACCGGUGACGAGGCGGGUUUAGUUAAAUGUUAACGAGCCACUCCCACUUCGUCGUGCAAAGAAAGCCAAAAAUGAUCAAGACGACGACGAGAACGAAAAAAAGAAAAACGAACCCCAGAUGACAGUAAAGAAGUUCAGCACCAUUGACAAGAGUGAAGGUGUACAGAAACUCUGCUGGGGUGUACUCGACGGCAAGCGCUAUAUUGUUGCAGCUCGCAAGAGUGGCAAAGUACAAUACUUGGACGUCGAAACAGGCGAUGUCGAACGCGAAUACCGUGACGAACAUGUCAACAAAGAAAGCGUAUUUGUUGGAUUACAUGCGGACGAAAAGCACUUGAUGACAUGCACCUCGUCAGGUCAUGUCUCGUACACAUUGCUUUCAUCUUACGAAAAAACCAAUACCAUCAACACCACGACCUGUAUAUCCUCGAACUUGGGCGCAGAUCUUUGCAUCAUGCGCGUCCAUCCUACGAAAACCCACCUGUUUGCCGUGGGAGGCAAGGAAAACGAUCUCAAAGUCUAUGACGCCAACUUACUCAAAGAAGAAGACGGUGAAAAGAAGGGAUUGGUGUUCCAGGCUAAAAACGUCAAGAAUGAUUUCUUGGAUCUGCGCGUCAAGGUGUGGAUACAUGACUUACAGUUUUUGAACGAAGAAGGUACUCGUAUUGUCACAGCAACACACUAUCAUCAGAUCCGUGUAUACGAUACGAGAAAACAGCGCCGGCCUAUUUCCGAUUGGGAGAUUGGCAAAACCCCAUUAUUGACGCUGCACAUUGGAAGCGAUCUUGACCAUGUCAUUUACACAGAUACCAUGAGCAAUGUGGCCACAGUCGAUUUGCGGAAAGGUACUGUGGGAGCACACUACAAGGGAUUCACUGGCGCUGUUUCCGAUCUGCUUGUUGUCCCGCAGCCAUCACUACUAGCAGCAGUAGAAGAAGAUAGCAAGAACAAGGACAAGAAGCAACAAAAACCCGUGCUGGCGAGUGUAUCCCUGGAUCGGUUCUUGCGCGUGCAUGAAAUGUCCACUCAAUUCCGUCGUGUCGACCAUAAGGUGUACUUGAAACAACGAAUGACAUGCAUCCUUGUGGAUGAAACGUUUGAAUUCCCCAAGGAGGAGGAUGAAGAACAGGAGGAACAGGAAGAAGACGACAUGUGGGAGGCUAUGGACACAGUGGCAGACGUCGACAAGCCAAAACGGAAACGAGCUUAAAUCCCCAUAUUGUUUUGUUUUCCAUCCACAUCAUUUUAACCAUCAUCAUUUGAAAGUCUCUCGGCAAUAAGUCCUCGCCUCUCCCAUACUAGUAGAAUCUCUCAUAUAACAACAUACACCUAAAUCUCGCUCUCAUUUGCUCAAUCUUUUAAUGUACAAUCUUGCAUCCAUCUCACAUUAUCCUCGUUAAAAUAAUUUUACAGUAGAAUUUAUAUAUAAAAAGUUACUUUUUUUAUUCAUAUAAUACAUCUAAUGUCUCGAG